UCAAAUCCGCACGCAAAUCAACUGUCAGUUGAUGGUCUCAUCGCCAAGAGAAAGAUCAUCAGGAUCAAACUGUCUAAAAAUCACAAAAAAAACUGUGCGAACGCAAUUCGGAAGCAGAUAGUGAAAAGCGCAGUGUUUUGAUCAAGAAAACGGUUUCCAGCCCAGAACGGUGGAUUAGACGGGAGGAAGAAAAAUGCCUGCCAAAGAACGAAACAUUGCCAUGAUGGGCUACCGAUCCGUAGGAAAGUCUUCGCUCAGUAUUCAGUUCGUCGAAGGGCAAUUUGUGGAUUCGUAUGAUCCGACCAUCGAAAACACCUUCACCAAGAUCACACGCGUCAACUCAACCGACUACGAGGUAAAACUGGUGGACACCGCCGGUCAGGAUGAGUACAGCAUAUUUCCCGCCCAGUACAGCAUGGACUUCCACGGGUACGUGUUGGUGUACUCGAUCACCAGCCAGAAGUCGUUCGAAGUCAUCCAGAUCAUCUACGAGAAGCUGCUGGACGUCAUGGGAAAGGCUUACGUUCCCGUGGUGUUGGUAGGAAACAAAACCGAUUUGCAUCAAGAAAGAGCCGUCUCAACCGAGGAGGGAAAGAAACUAGCAGAAUGUUGGAAGGCGCAAUUCCUGGAGACCUCUGCCAAACAGAACGAGUCUGUAGCAGAUAUAUUCCACCUACUUUUGCAGCAGAUCGAGCGCGACAACGGAAACACCGGUGAGAAGAGUAGCUGCACAAUUUCCUGAACAGCAGGUGAGCAAGCCAUGCAAACCAUCCCAGUACUUCUUCUCCCCAGCCCAAUCACAGUAGCCUGAAUUAUUUUCUACACAUCUGGGUUGUCGUCAGCCACCGCAACACACACCCACACACACACAGACAUACAAACAGGUAGUAGGCGAGGUCGUUGUCGCCACAGGGGCGAGACACUACACUUUUCGGUUUAUCGCCUCUUAGCAAACAAUUGGCAAUCGUGCGAAAAAGCAAUGUUUUCAUAUUAGUUGGAAAGUUUUUUUUAUCGAGUUUAAUUUAUCCAAUUGUGGACUUUUAUCUGUUGAAGGAUGUUAUUAGUUGGGAUGCGAUUAAAAGUUUUUACUGAAGUGUGAGACCUUUUGUAAAAGCUCUGAGAGCCACAAAUCUACAUAGGAAAAGGAAGAAGUAAUCCAAGCGUACAAGUCGUUACAUACCGUUAAAAUCAAGGUUUAAUAUAUAUGGAUAAAGAAAAACAAUAUCAUCGUGAGAGAGAAAGAAGCAUGGAAUGGUGAAUAUGAAAUAUUUUAUUCGAAUGUUUCGACAGGGCAACAGAGGAGAUGAGUUUUCUUUUCGGGAAAUUAGGACUAACAAUUGUGUAAAAAAUUUAUUGAAAAUAUAUUUUAAAAGAAAUUUACCACCACUAAUCUAGUAGCUUGUUAGGGGUCAUUUGAGUAAACAAUAUUAAGUGAACGAAUGAAUGACAGUAAGGUAACAAUGGUGCAGAAUAAGGGCAUCGACCCCCUUUCGCACCUCUGAGGGAAUGAUAUACGAGUCGGACUUUCAUAGAUAGGAUUUAGUUUUAGGUAAAAACGUAUAAUUAUGCCUGCUGCGAUGUAUGUGUAAUGACGAACGUACUGCACUUCUUUCAAUGAGAGGAAAGACAUCCGAACCUAAGCGGAGCAAGGUUGGCGAAUUUAAAUAACCUUCUAUUGCACCACAUCGUAGUGACCAACAGAAACGAUUUCUUUCGAAAAUGAACUAGACAACCUAUGAAAUUCGGAAUUAAUGACACACUAAAAUAGAUUUUUCUGCUUAGCCAAGCUUUGGGUUCAGUGUGCUGAAUAUGGAACUACGGUAACUUCAGUAGAUGUUCUACAAGUGCAGUCUUCAUUCGCAAGUGAAUUGAGUUCACUAGGUUCAAGAAUGUUGACACUAGGCUAAGGGAAGUGGUUUACCUAGAAUGCAGGAGGGAAGUAAAGGAGGCUCUCAGUUAAUAACUGUGGAAGUGUUCAUGAGAACAUUAGGCUGAGAAGCAUGCUUCCGGUUGGGAUGUAAUGCCUGAGAGAAGAAGAAGAGUGUUUCGCUAAAGUGUUUAAAUUCUUAGACCGAGUGAACUCAGUUCAUCGGUGGAUGUCAAUAGGCUAGGAGAAGUGGAAGAAACUUGCCGUUUUUCUUACUUACUUUUCUUCUUAUAUUUUUUUCUCAACGAUUAGAGUUCAUUCCUAUGGACCAAUUCACGAGUUCACUAAUUUGACGUUGGAGUGGAAUGACACGGCACCGCUCAAACGUCAACUAGUGAACUCGUGCAUAAGCCAGGGGAAGUGGUUCACCUAGAGUGAAUUUAUAUCAGAGAAAAAGUAGAUUUUGUACGAAAAUUGAGAAGUAAAUGAAUGACAAGUUCAUCCACUUAUUCUAGCCGAAUCAAGUCUAGUACACGACACUGAAGACUGCCUUACAGUUGAGGUCGAAAUACGCGUAUCUAUCAAAGGAUACAAACCCUAGUGAAUUAAAUGGUAUAGUAUUAAAUUCGCUUUUUCAUUUACAAAUAAAAUCUACUUUUUUAUCUAAAUUUAUUCUAGGCGAACCGCUUCUCCUGGCCUAAUCAUAUUGACUUAUCCACCUAUGAACUAAAUUCAUUCGGUUCAAGAAUUGUGACACGUGGGGCCAGAAGUCAAUCCAUCGAUGAAUUUAGUUCAUUUGGUCCAAUAAUUUUACACUUGAGCGGACACGCUUCUAAAUGCUUCCUAACAUGUUCCGGGCCCAAAGAAGUGUCGAAAAAUUUGCAGUGAACUUAAUUCACCCGUGGCUUAAUCAAUUGUUAACAAAUAUGCCCGUCGAUGUGGAUAAAUUGGGAUGAAUUUAUCGUUAAGAAAAAUUAUAUUUUCCCUCAAAAAUCCGACUUUUUAUCAACGAAAUGCGGUUGACUUCCUUCACAUUAGCAUUUUAGGUGAAUCUCUUUCACUGGCCUAGUUUCACCCAUCAAACUAAGUGCAUGUUGCACUUAUCGAGUAUCGAUUGUAACUGAACGGAAUCGACCGUACUGUACUUCAAAUUUGCGCCAAUCCAAUGCACAAGAACAAGCAGUAGAACAAACAAAACAGCAGAACAUAAUGAACCCAUAGGGAAGCUUAUUUUCGAAUAGUAAUGAACACAUACUAUAAUAUCAAUGUACCUAUUUUAACCCGGCAACAAUACGUAUUUUUGCCCGUUCAAAGCCUGCGACACAAAACAAAAGGAAUCAGUAGUUCUGUUGUAGUAGAUACUAGCUAGCACUAGGAUUAGGGGCAUUGCGGCAGAAAUAGAAAGAAGGCAUGUAACUGUAGACCGAUUCAGCCGAUAGUGAAAAUAAAGCGGAAUUAUUUAUAAGUUUA